AACAAAGCAUAAAAAACUUCGAUGGUAAACGUAAAGCUUGUCGAAAGAGUGGUAUUCCAUGUAAUUUCAAUAAAAAGUUAAGUCUAUCAUCGAGAAACGCAUAUAAAAAUAUAUAAAAGCAGAGACUGAUUGAUCUCAUUACGUGCUGGUUAGUGUUUUCCAUACAGAAUACCAAUUCGGUGGCUUUCUAUCAGUUUUGCUGUGAGAGCUCCCUCAAUCCCCACAGUUUUCUCCUCUCAAACUCUAACUUUUAAAACUUCGGCAAAAUCACCUUUGUUCUUUUUUCUUUUUGGUGUCAAGCAUGGAAGACCGUAAGGAGAAAAUUGGAGCAUGGCUAUCAGUGCCACAAUUUGGGGACUGGGAGCAGAAAGGGCAAGGGCAGCUGCCAGAUUACUCACUUGACUUCUCAAAGAUUAGGGAAAUGAGGAAGCAAAACAAGAGGGAAGUUUCAAGAGCCAGUCUUGGGAAUGAAGAAGAGUUUAUUAACCCAACCGCCACCACUGUUACCACUGCCCCUACUACAGAUGAUCACCACCAUUACCCUCCCACUCAUCACUCUCCAACCUCGAAGAGAGGUAUCUUUAGCUACUUCAACUGCUGCAUCAAAGCCUGAAUCUGAUGAGCAAUCUCUCCUUCCCUUCUCUGUUUUUGUGUUUGAUCCUAUGUAUUUGGUUUGCCUCCUGCAUAUCGUUAUGUUUAUUAAAUUUGCUGAUGAUUUAUAAUAACUCAGUGAAUUUUCUUUUUAACUAUUGUUACUGAUGUUAUUCGAAAUUAUAAAUCUAAUGGAGAAGUGAGUCUUGAAUUGAGAA